GCUGGCGGGAGGAGCCAGGCCGAGGAGGGGGCGGCCCGGAGCGGCCCUGCUGGGAUGGGAGCCUGAGGAGGGGACGAGUCCGCCCGCGGAGGAGCGCGGCUGCCGUCUCCCGCCGGGGCCGGUGCUGGUGCCGGCGGGGCUGAGCCCGCCAUGGAGCCGGUGAGCAGGUGGAGCCCGAAGCAAGUGGUGGACUGGACUAAGGGCCUGGACGAUUGCCUGCAGCAGUAUGUCCAUAAAUUUGAACGGGAGAAGAUAAAUGGUGAGCAGCUGUUACAGAUUUCUCACCAGGACCUUGAAGACUUGGGUAUCUCACGGAUUGGACACCAGGAACUCGUUCUAGAGGCUGUGGAUCUCCUGUGUGCGCUGAACUAUGGCCUUGAAACUGACAACAUGAAGAACCUGGUUCUCAAACUGCGAGCAUCAUCCAACAAUCUGCAAAAUUACAUCAGCAGCCGUAGGAAAAGUUCAAAUUAUGAUGGAAAUACCUCUCGCAAGCCCCCCAAUGAAUUCCUUACUUCUGUGGUAGAGCUUAUUGGUGCUGCUAAAGCCUUGCUUGCAUGGUUGGACAGGACCCCAUUUACAGGUAUUGCUGACUUUUCAUCAAUGAAGAACAGAAUCAUUCAGCUCUGCUUGGAUCUCACUACUACUGUUCAGAAGGACUGCACUGUGGCUGACAUGGAAGAUAAAGUUCAGACCGUAGCCAAGACGUUAAAUGGCAUUUGCGAUAAAGCAAUCCGAUCAACUACAGAUCCAUUGAUGAGUCAGUGUGCGUGUCUGGAGGAGGUUCAUUUAACGAACAUUAAACCUGGAGAAGGCCUGGGAAUGUACAUCAAAUCAACUUAUGAUGGAUUGCAUGUAAUUACUGGAACUACAGAAAAUUCCCCUGCUGAUCGAUCUCAGAAGAUUCAUGCUGGUGAUGAAGUGAUCCAGGUGAAUCGGCAAACUGUGGUUGGAUGGCAACUGAAAAAUCUGGUGGCAAAGUUGCGAGAGAAUCCUGCUGGAGUUAGGCUGCUGCUUAAGAAACGUCCUAGCGGCUCUUUCCAUUUCACACCUGCUCCGCUAAAGAACUUGCGCUGGAAACCACCCUUGGUGCAGACCAGUCCUCCGCCAACUUCAACACAGUCGCCAGAAAGCACCAUGGAUACCUCACUGAAAAAAGAGAAGCCAGCCAUUUUGGAUCUGUACAUACCACCUCCACCAGCUGUUCCAUAUUCUCCUCGAGAUGAAAAGGGGAGUUUUGUAUAUGGAGGAGGCAACAAACCCAGUCAGCCGCUACCUGGGUCCAAGGGCGCUGAGUCUCCUAAUUCUUUUUUGGAUCAAGAGAGCCGAAGGAGAAGGUUUACUAUUGCUGAUUCGGAUCAGUUGCCUGGGUACCCCAAGGAAACAAAUAUCUUACCAGCCAAGAUGAGGGAAAAAACACAGUCCUAUGGAAAACCUCGUCCUUUAUCAAUGCCUGCUGAUGGGAGCUGGAUAGCAGCUGCAGAACCCUUCUCUAGGCCACGAGCACCAGGGAGAAAAGGUGAAGAUGUCCUCUGCAGGUACUUCAGUAAUGAAAGGAUACCCCCAAUCAUUGAAGAAAGCCCCUCCACACAACACCCCCUCUCAAGGCCAGUGUCUGACAAGCAGUUAGUGAGGGGAACGGAUUAUAUUCGAGGCAGUAGGUGUUUUAUGAAUACAGACCUCCACAACAGUGCAACAAUUCCUUUUCAAGAGGAAGGUGCUAAAAAAUCCUCUGUUACAUCGUCCACAAAGUCUUCCUCCGCAGAACCCUCGCUGCUGGUCAGUUGGAUCACGAGACUGAAAUUGUUGACUCAUUGACUGUUGUUCACAGGACUGUUACCAAGUGCCUUUGCUCAUCGGUCAGACUUCCCUACUUGUCAGCUUAACUGAUGCAUAGUGACUAAUGCGGUGUUCUUUUCCCAGAGAAUCUUACAUUUUUGCCUUUUUGUGAUUUUUUUUUUUUUUUUAAUGGAUCAGAGGGUUUCAUAGUGCAAGGAGGGAAGAAAGAUAAAGAUCAAGUUCCUCUUCCUGGCCAAAAGCUGAUGGCAUUUAUUCUCCUGGAAAUGAAUAAAAUUUCCAUGAUGCAGAGGCCACACAUGACCUGAAAUAUGCAUAAUGACUCAGACAAAAUAAUUGCAUUGCCGUAAAGUCCAGUGGAACUUCAGUUGUCUGAAUGCUCAGUGGCUGGUGUGACUGGCUGGGUGUCAGAGUACGUAGAGCUCAGCAAAAGUUGUGUUACUCUUCCUGACCAGGAAAGAUAAGCAGGGAAAUAGCAGUUUCAUGCAAGUUAGUGAUGCUGUUGCAAGUACUGCAUGAGAUGAACCUUGUGAGGAAGAAGCAGUAGUGUUGCCGUUCUUUCUCUGAUAUCCAGAGAUCUUGGGAAGUUGGACUACUUUAAUUAUAAAUCAAUCCAACCUGAAAUGUAAUCCAUUUUAUUGAAAUCACAGUACAAAUAAAGAGCACUGAACAACUGCAGUGCUCAUCUGUAAAGACAGAUGGUUUGCUACAACAUGCCAAGGAAAUGCAUGUGUAGAGGUGGUAAAAUAUAUAUUUUUUUCCUUAAUUGUUUAAGAAUGAUUUGCUGUUAACCAAAGUAAGCUUUUAAAGACAGUCCUGUUGGACUUACAAGAACUUUUAUAGUGGUUCAGUUCUUGAAUGAUGUGUUGUUUUACAAAAAAAUGCGUGCUAUGAUACAUUACAACUGUAAGUCAUCUUGCUAUUUUCUAUAUAGCUCAAAUUUUUUUCCCUCCAGAAUUUUAAAGCAGCAUUGGGUAUUUUGGGAGGAAAAUAAAACUUGUUUAACAAAAGAAGAGGAUAUUAAAGAGGUAUUGUUUAAAACUGAAUGUACAUAAGAUUGUUAGUAUGCAAACAGUUGUUUAAAGUAAUUUAAAUGUUAAAUAUAGUUGUAUAUAUUUUUUACACUUAAACAGAUACAGUUUGUACCUUCCUGUCUGCGGUACUGGGCACAGAUUAGUUAAAAGAAAGUCUUCUGUAUUCCCUGCUAAUUAUAAGACUAACUAUUUUCGUAGAUGAUACAUUGCCAACAGCCUUUAUUCCUUUGGUCUUGCUGAAAAGAAGUUGUAUUUAAUGAUUUGUGGGGAAGGAGGGAGGUAAAACGCUAGUUUGCACUUUGGAUUGGGGCAGGAAUCGUAUGUGAUAACAUGGGUGUUAAAAACAUACCAUAAUUCUGGCUGUGAAGAUGUGACCAUUCUGCUGCAACAAGCUUAUGAAGUUGUGCUACAGCCCUGCAGAGACAGGGUGUUAAAUUCAGUUCUCAAUUACGUUUGAUUGUGACUCACUGGUGAUUUGGGUGGGGGCUAGUUUGGACCUUUCUGAUCAAAGCAGGUUAUAAUGUCUGUCUUGUGCUGCUCUUCUCCAGAUGGCAGUCUGUACUAGAGACGUGGCCAAACACAGCUGUGGCGCAGUUGAACCCUAGACCAGUUUGGUCCGGCCUCUGAGAAGAGGGUUGAAACGACCAUGUUGUGGGCACUGUGGUGUAGUAUAGUCCAGCCACAAAUUGACUGAACUGUUUUCAAUUAAAUCGCAGUUACUGAACUAGAUUAAAGUCAGAUAUGUUGUCUACACAAGAUUUUAAAAUGGAACUUUUGCUCAUUUUUUUUGAUGUCCUGUUUUCUGUGGUUUGAAAACAAAUGGAGAAGCAUCAUGUAUAUCGAUGUGGAAGAAACUAUGUAUGUGCUUGGUUUCUUUGGGUUGCACCUGGGCACACUUUUAAGACACUGAAAAGUUUGCAUCCUUUUGUUUGAUUAGGUUUUCCUGAAGUUUGAUCUAAGAGUAGUGAAAUAAGCUUGCCUUAUUUUAGCAGGCAGCUAUAAAACACUGCAGCUUUGAAGAAAGAGGAAUUUUUUUGUUUGCCAUGUGGAAUUUUUUUCAAUAUCUGCCUUGUUGCAUAAAUACAAGCUAAUCUACUUCCUCCCCCCAACCAAUAAAAAAACCCAAAAGACAAAAAGCCAAACAAACCUAACCAACCAAUGUCCUCUCCAUGUUCAUCCUCUCCAUGCUCCAGUGUCCUAACCGUGCUGAGUCAAGGUACUGAAUUUGGCCUUUUGUCAGUCCAUCAUAAGGAUAUCCAGUAGUUGAUUUUCCAGGAAAAGAGUUGCCUGGCUCUUAUGAAUAGGGGAAACAGAGGUAGUUUUCUGGAGAUUACCAGGAGUGGUAUUGCAGUUUCUCAGAAUCACAGCAUGGUUGAUGUUGGAAGGGAUGUCUGGAGGUCAUUUUGUCCAAUCCCCCCUGCUCAAGUAGGGCCAUCUAAAGCUGGUUGGCUAGGACUAUGUCCAGACAGCUUUUGAAUAUCUCCAGGGAGGGAAAUUCCACAAUCUGCCUGGGCAGCCUGUGCCAGUGCCUGGUUACCCUAACGGUAAAAAAAGUGUUUCCUGAUGCUCAGAGGGAACCUCCUGUGUUUCAGGUUGUGCCCAUUGCCCCUUGUCCUCUCUCUGGGCACCACUGAGAAGAGUCAGGCUUCGUCUUCUUUGCACCCUCCUUUCAGGUAUUUAUACAUAAUGAUAAGAUCCCCCCGAGCCUUUUCUCCAGACUGAACAGCGCCAGCUCUCUCAGCCUUUCCUCAUAGGAGAGAUGCUGCAGUCCCUUCAUCAACUUGGUGUCUCUUUGUUGGACUCUCUCCAGUGUGUCCAGGACUCUCUUCUACAGGGGAGCCCAGAACUGGACACAGUACCCCAGGUAUGGCCCCAUGAGUGCUGAGCAGAGGGAAGGGAUGACCUCUCUCAACCUCCUGGCAAUAUUUUGUCUAAUGCAGCUAAAUUUCCACUGUAAAUUAUCCAAGAUCAUUGAAAACACAUUCAUGCAUGGUUUCUCAAUCAAAAAGGCAAAUAUUGGGGUGGUUUUUUGCCCUUCAUGAGCUUUAUCCAUCAUUUGCAGACAACCUCAAGUUGGGUGGGAGCGUUAAUUUGCUGGAAGGUGGGAAGGCUCUGCAGAGGGAUCUGGACAGGCUGGAUUGAUGGGCUGAGGUCAAUUGUAUGGGGUUCAGCAAGGCUGAGCACUGGGUCCUGCACUUUGGUCACAACCACCCCAUGCAACGCUACAGGCUUGGGGAAGGGUGGCUGGAAAGGUGCCCAGUGGAGAAGGACCUGGGGGUGCUGGUUGACAGCUGGCUGAAUGUGAGCCAGCAGUGUGCCCAGGUGGCCAAGAAGGUCAACAGCAUCCUGGCUUGUAUCCGGAAUAGUGUGGCCAGCAGGAGCAGGGAAGUGAUGGUGCCCCUGUUCUUGGCACUGGUGAGGCCGCACCUUGAACAUGGUGUUCAGUUUUGGGCCCCUCAGUACAAGAGGGACAUGGAGUUGCUGGAUUGUGUCCAGAGAAGGGCAACGAAGCUGGUGAAGGGUCUGGAGCACAAGUCUUAUGAGGAGCAUCUGAGGGAAUUGGUGUUUAGCCUGGAGAAGAGGAGGCUGAGGGGAGACCUUAUCGCUCUUUAUAACCACCUGAAAGGAGGUUGUAGGGAGGUGGGUGUUGGUCUCUUCUCCUAGGUAAUAAGCAAUAGGACGAGAAGAAAUGGUGUCAAGUUGCAUCAGAAGAGGUUUAGAAUAGGUAUUAGGAAAACUUUCUUCACUGAAAGGGUUGUCAAGCACUGGAACAGGCUGCCCAGGGAGGUGGUGGAGUCACCAUCCCUGGAGGUAUUUAGAAGGCACGGAGAUGUGGCACUUAGCGACGUGGUUCAGUGGUGGAUGUGGCAGUGUUAGGUAAAUCGUUGGACUCAGUGACCUUAAAGGUCUGUUCCAACCUAAGUGAUACUGUGAUUGUUGAUGGACUUUUGGCCAUUGGAGUAUAUAUACACAGAAUAAAUAAAGCAGAAUACGACACCUGUUUUUAUUGCAAAAGUCACAUUCUUGCUACUGUGAAUUUACAGUGUGCUCAAGUAAAUUACUUUGACUUCUUGAUACUCUUGUCUGCAAGUAUUGCUUACUGCUCACUAUGCUGCAAACCUUUUUAUGCAAUGUAUGGUAUGUAGGAGUCUUUCUCUGAGAAGCUGACACUUUAUUGGCCUCAACAGAGGGUUUUUUUUCCUCUUUGAUUAUCAGAUGGAAAAGCUCCAAUAGCUGUUCUCAGUAGUAAUAGGCUAUUUUGUGUUGCAGUAUGAAUUGUAGAUAUUGGUUGCAUGUGCUGUUACCCCACCCCUCUACCUCUCACAACUUGUUAAUGCAGUGACUUCAUAUAUGGGAACAAGCAGUUUAACGUGGUGACCUAAAAUGAAGCCAUAUCUCUGUUUUUGAAACACAAGGAGAUAAGUGCACUUGAAAGACUCGACUUUCUAAUAUCUAUAAACUAGAGAUUUUUCCUUCUUAUGCUGGUGACAUUGAUUACUGAAAAGCAAAUGCAUUAAGAAAACUGAAAAGAACAAUAAAAUAGCUGUAUCUUCAAGCACUUGAAAAGAUGAACAAAACACCGCAUACCUUUUUCCUUUGCCUGUAUAGCUCUCUAACAUAUGUAACUUGACCUUCUUCCAAAUGUCUGCAUCUUUUUAAAGACCUGAUCAGAGCUUGCGACACAGGGGUAGUUAAGAUAUUGGCUGCAAGGAUCUCCUUUAAUAUAAAUUUUUAUCAGCUGUU